CACCGCAGGGGGGCGACAUCUCCCGGACUCGAGGGGAGUUUUGCUGGAACCGGAAGCUCUGACGUGUCAAAUUGUCUCCAUUUUCCCUGAGGAAGGAGGAAACGCCUUGAAGACUCAAAGAAGGAAGGAACACAUCAGCUGUGUUUGUUUUUCUUUUUUUUUGCCAAAGUAGGAUCCUAUCACCAGCCGCCAUGGGGAAUAUAUUUGCACAACUCUUUCAGAAUUUAUUUGGGAAGAAGGAGAUGAGGAUCCUUAUGGUGGGUCUGGAUGCUGCUGGAAAGACAACUAUUUUGUACAAGCUGAAACUUGGAGAGAUUGUGACUACCAUUCCGACAAUAGGUUUUAAUGUAGAGACAGUAGAGUACAAGAACAUCAGUUUCACAGUAUGGGAUGUCGGUGGUCAAGACAAAAUUCGACCGCUGUGGCGUCAUUACUUCCAGAACACACAGGGUCUCAUCUUUGUUGUGGACAGCAACGACAGAGAGCGAUGUCAGGAGGCUCGUGAGGAGAUGAAUAGAAUGUUGACAGAGGAUGAGUUGCGUGAUGCCGUGCUAUUAGUGUUUGCCAACAAACAAGAUCUUCCAAACGCUAUGAAUGCAGCAGAAAUCACAGACAAGUUGGGUCUUCACGCUUUACGCAGCAGAACCUGGUACAUCCAGGCGACCUGUGCCACCACUGGGGAUGGCCUCUACGAAGGACUGGAUUGGUUGUCAAAUAAGCUCAAGAACCAUUCAUAAUCCCCUGCUAUCCACAACUAAUCUACUCCACCCAAUCUCUGACCUUGUUCUCUACUCUUAAGGUGUUGCAAAACUGAGUUACCCUUUCCCAAAAAAAAAAAAGUACUGGAAGCCGUCCUCACCUCAGCUCAGCUGUUAUUGUCACAAACAUACAGGCCAGUGGUGGGGGUGAUGUAUCCUUGUAAAGCUGUCGGGUUUUAUUAUUUUAUUCUAUGUAACUGUAAAUAUAUUUGGUAAUGGGGCAGCUUAUUGCACUCUUACAAAUCCUACGGUGGUUAUUUCUCUUUCUGGCUGUUGGGCAGCCACGUGUGCAUUGAAUAAGAAAAGGGAGGCGAGGAAUAAGAAUUUACCAGCACGUUGGCCCAGGACCUCAAUGCAAUCUGAUGACUGAUUAUCUGGUCACACGUACUGUAGGGAGUGAUCCAUUAGGGGCUUUUAAUUUUCAGGAAACUGAAUUAAACACUGAUGCACUACUUGCAGCUACUGUGAUUACUUUUAAGAAGUGACUACAUGUACUAGCCCCCCAAAUUACCGUUUAGUAAACACUGGCAUUGACUAUUUGUACUCUGUACUGACAUCACUUUGUCCAAGUUGAGAACUCCCGUCAAUGAAGACUUACCAGCCUUUGUUCUACAGUAUGUUGGCUUGAAUUGAGAAAUGCUGCAACAAUCUCACAUCGACCUGCUUCAUGGUUGUUUGAAAGGCAGUAUGUUGAGUCAGCAUUGGGUUUUUGUAUUUCCGAGUCUCAGGUUUAUCAUGUGCUGCCUUUGCAAUAUACUUGUUAGCCAAACUGCAUGAUGCGGUCUGUUGGGUCUUUAGGGACAUGCAUAUUUACUGGGUGUUUACAUCAUUAGGCUGCACAGGAACUAUUACCCCACUGAGUACUUAUUUCAACAGCCCUAUACUGUAACUCGUCGUGUGUACUGUGUUAGGUAAUUGUAACUAUGGAGUUGCACACUACAAUGGCCCUACUGUCUUCACUAAAGGCUCUAGCAAGUCAUGCCUUUUUUUAUUCAGAGUUAUCAAAAUCUUGGAAGUGGCGUUUUGAUGGCAAUACAAAAUCCGUUUCAUCUACAUGUUUAACGUAGUGCCAGUAUUUCUUCCUUUGCAGCACAUUGUGCUUGGGGUAAACAGGAAGCCAUACAUACGCCUUCUUAUCCAGGACACAUGUUGCCUUUUUUUUAUUUUCAAGCUUCUUUUCUAAAAGGUGUGGGUGUUACUUUACUGCUCUGAAUAUGUCUUGAGGGUGAAUCAAACAGUUUUUUUGAUUUAUAACUGCCUAAAUAUUUGAGAAUUAUGUUAAUCUCUUAAUUAAAGUUUGUCUCUUUUUUUAUGUAAAGCUUUUGUUUUGUGAGGAAAAAGCACUGUAAUUAAAGUGACUGAAUAAAAACA